AUGCCCUUGUCAAGAGUGGGCUGCGCAUCCUUGCUAAGAAUUUUCCCAAAUCUGCAAAAUAUUGAGUACGACACCAACUAUUACACAUUUGCCCAUCGAUUUGCCGGCAUGACACGGGCCAUGGUGGAUGCGGAACGACGUGCUAUUGAAGCAUUGUUUAAUCAACGACAAUUGGCGUUUCAGGUCAACUGGAAUCAAGCCAUGACAACGGAGCAACGUCUAAUGACCGGUACCACCGAGGUGUCGGAAGGCUGA